AGGGAGGAGGCGGAGGAGGAGGGCGGCGAGGAGGAGGCGGCGGCGGUGGAGGAGGAGGAGGGCGGCCGCGGCCCUUCCGCGCCCCUCCGCCCGGCCAGCAUGGGAGCGGGCGGCCGUGCCGGCAGCAGAAAUUGAGCAAAUUGCUGGUGGAGAGAAGCAGGAAGUUGAAGUGUAAUGAAGGAAACUUCAGGACUGAGAUGAGUGAGGUGCUGACAGCGCUGGGGUGACGCCGUGAGUGCUACUGACCCGGAGCCUUCCCGGCUGGGGCUGAAGGCCACUGCAGAGGAUGAGGAUCCUUCCCAGCCCUGGGAUGUCUUCGCUGGUCUCCCUCGUGAACCUCCUCUCCGUGCUGCUCGUAGGCUGUGUGGCUGAAAGUCCCCCUGUGUUCAUUAAAAAACCUGUGGACCAAAUUGGUGUGUCAGGAGGGGUGGCCUCCUUUGUAUGCCAAGCAACUGGAGACCCCAAGCCAAGGGUCACCUGGAACAAGAAAGGGAAGAAAGUGAACUCUCAGAGGUUUGAGACAAUUGAGUUUGAUGAAAGUGCAGGAGCUGUCCUGAGGAUCCAGCCCCUCCGCACCCCGCGGGAUGAGAACAUCUAUGAGUGUGUUGCUCAGAACCCCCACGGGGAGGUCACCGUCCACGCCAAGCUCACUGUCCUCCGAGAGGACCAGCUACCUCCUGGCUUCCCAAACAUUGACAUGGGGCCCCAGCUGAAGGUGGUGGAGCGGACACGAACGGCCACGAUGCUGUGUGCAGCCAGUGGGAACCCAGACCCAGAGAUCACUUGGUUUAAAGAUUUCCUGCCUGUAGACCCCAGUGCCAGCAAUGGGAGAAUAAAGCAACUGAGAUCAGGUGGCCUGCAGAUCGAGAGCAGCGAGGAGACAGACCAGGGGAAGUACGAGUGCGUGGCCAGCAACAGCGCCGGGGUGCGCUACUCCUCCCCUGCUAACCUUUACGUGAGAGAGCUACGAGAAGUGCGCCGCGUGGCUCCUCGCUUCUCCAUCUUGCCUGUCAGCCACGAAAUCAUGCCCGGGGGCAACGUCAACAUCACCUGCGUGGCCGUGGGCUCCCCCAUGCCCUACGUCAAGUGGAUGCAGGGAGCAGAAGACCUGACCCCCGAGGAUGACAUGCCCGUGGGCCGCAAUGUCUUGGAGCUCACGGAUGUCAAGGACUCAGCCAACUACACCUGCGUGGCCAUGUCCAGCCUGGGAGUCAUAGAAGCUGUUGCUCAGAUCACGGUGAAAUCGCUCCCCAAGGCUCCUGGGACCCCAGUGGUGACAGAGACGACAGCCACAAGUAUCACCAUCACCUGGGACUCGGGAAACCCAGACCCUGUGUCCUACUAUGUCAUUGAAUACAAGUCCAAAAGCCAGGACGGACCCUACCAGAUCAAAGAGGACAUCACCACCACGCGCUACAGUAUCGGGGGGCUCAGCCCCAACUCUGAGUACGAGAUCUGGGUCUCUGCAGUCAACAGCAUCGGGCAGGGGCCUCCCAGUGAGUCAGUGGUCACUCGGACUGGGGAGCAAGCUCCUGCCAGCGCCCCCCGUAACGUGCAGGGCCGGAUGCUGAGCAGCACCACCAUGAUCAUCCAGUGGGAGGAACCGGUGGAGCCCAACGGGCAGAUCCGUGGCUAUCGAGUCUACUACACCAUGGAGCCUGAUCAGCCUGUCAGCAACUGGCAGAAGCACAACGUGGAUGACAGCCUCCUGACCACGGUGGGCAGCCUCCUGGAGGAUGAAACCUACACAGUGCGGGUCCUGGCCUUCACCUCCGUGGGAGAUGGGCCUCUGUCCGACCCCAUCCAGGUUAAGACGCAGCAAGGAGUCCCCGGGCAGCCGAUGAACUUCCGAGCAGACGCCAAGACGGAGACCAGCAUCGUGUUGUCCUGGAGCCCCCCCCGCCAGGAGAUCAUAGUCAAGUAUGAGCUGCUCUACAAGGAGGGAGACCACGGCAGGGAGGUGCAGAAGAACUUCGAUCCGGCGACCUCCUUCACUCUGGAAGGCCUGAAGCCCAACACUGAGUAUGUCUUCCGGCUGGCCGCCCGCUCGGCUCUGGGCCUGGGGGCCUUCACCCCGGAGGUCAGGGAGCGCACCUUGCAGUCUAAACCGUCUGCCCCCCCUCAAGACGUAAAAUGCGUCAGCACCAGAUCCACUGCCAUUCUGGUAAGUUGGCGGCCGCCUCCGGCUGAGAGCCAAAAUGGCAUCCUGGCUGGCUACAGCGUCCACUAUCGAGCCCUGGACUCCGAGGACACGGAGCUCAAGGAGGUGAAUGAUAUCCCCCCAAGCGCCAGUCAGCUCCUCCUGGAGUCCCUGGAGAAGUGGACCGAGUACCGCGUCACCGUGGUGGCUCACACGGAGGUGGGGCCGGGCCCGGAGAGCUCGCCGGUUAUCGUCCGCACCGAUGAGGAUGUGCCCAGUGCCCCUCCUCGGAAGGUGGAGGUGGAGGUGCUGAACUCAACUGCAAUCCAGGUGUUCUGGCGCUCCCCAGUCCAGAGCCGCCAGCACGGCCAGAUCCGCGGCUACCAGGUCCACUAUGUGCGCAUGGAGAACGGGGAGGCCAGGGGGCUGCCCCAGAUCAAGGAUAUCAUGCUGGCUGAUGCCCAGUGGGAAACAGAUGACACUGCUGAAUACGAGAUGAUCAUUGCUGGGCUCCAGCCUGAGACUUCCUAUUCCAUCACCGUAGCAGCCUACACCAUGAAGGGAGAUGGUGCUCGCAGCAAACCCAAAGUGGUCACCACAAAGGGUGCAGUCCCAGGGAAGCCCAUCCUGUCCGUGCACCAGACAGAGGAGAACACUCUGCUGGUGAAAUGGGAGCCUCCCCUGGAUGCAGAAGGCCAGGUGCUGGGCUACAGGCUGCAGUUUGGCCGCAAGGACGUGGAGCCCUUGGCCACCUUGGAGUUCCCUGCCACGGAGGAUAAGUACACAGCCGGCAGCAUCCACAAGGGCGCCACGUACGUGUUCCGGCUGGCCGUCAAGAGCCGGGCCGGCUUCGGGGAGGAAGCUGUGCAGGAACUCACCACCCCUGAAGACAUCCCCAGGGGCUACCCCCAGAUCCUGGAGGCGAGCAACAUCACUUCCAUGUCGGUGCAGUUCGGCUGGCUGCCCCCCGUGCUGGCCGAGCGGAACGGAGCCAUCGUCAAGUACACCGUGGCCUACCGGGAGGCCGGGUCCCCUGGCAGCCCCCUGGAGAGAGACCUGCCCCCCUCCCCAGAGAACUCCUACACCCUCAACGGCCUCAAACCCAACACUGCCUACGAUGUUAAAAUCCGUGCCCACACCAGUAAAGGCCCCGGGCCCUACAGCCCAACCGUCCAGUAUCGGACGUUCCAGCUGGACCAAGUUUUACCCAAAAACUUCAAGGUGAAGAUGGUGACCAAGACUUCUGUCCUUCUGAGCUGGGAGUUUCCUGAGAAUUACAACUCCCCCACCCCAUACAAGAUCCAGUACAACGGGCUGAACGUGGACGUGGACGGCCGCACCACCAAGAAGCUCAUCACCAACCUGAGGCCUCGCACCUUCUACAACUUCGUCCUCAUGAACAGAGGCAACAGCAUGGGAGGCUUGCAGCAGAACGUGGCAGCCUGGACUGCAGCUGAUAUGUUGCCCAGGAAGCCAGAGGUCACCCACAAGCCUGAUGCUGAUGGCAACGUGGUGGUGAUUCUGCCGGACGUGAAGAGCCCUGUGGCUGUCCAGGCUUACUACAUUGUGGUGGUGCCUCUAAGGAAGUCCCGGGGAGGACAGUUCCUCAACCCCUUGGGCAGCCCUGAGGAGAUGGACCUGGAGGAGCUGGUGCAGGACAUCGCCCGGCUGCGGCGCCGCAGCCUGCGCCACUCGCGGCAGCUGGACUUCCCCAAGCCCUACAUCGCCGCCCGCUUCCGCUCCCUGCCCUCACACUUCAUCCUGGGGGACAUGAAGCACUACGACAACUUCGAGAACAGAGCCCUGGAGCCAGGCCAGAAAUAUGUCCUCUUCAUCCUGGCAGUGCUGCAGGAGCCCGAGGCCACUUUUGCUGCUAGUCCUUUCUCUGACCCCAUCCAGCUGGACAACCCUGAUCCACAGCCCAUCAUAGAUGGGGAGGAAGGGCUGAUCUGGGUCAUCGGGCCCGUCCUGGCCGUGGUCUUCAUCAUCUGCAUCGUCAUUGCCAUUCUGCUCUACAAAAACAAACCAGACAGCAAAAGGAAGGAUUCAGAGCCAAGGACAAAAUGCCUGCUGAACAAUGCUGAGAUCACCCCUCACCACCCCAAGGACCCUGUGGAAAUGAGGAGAAUCAACUUCCAGACCCCAGAUUCUGGUCUGAGCAGCCCUCUCAGUGACCCUGAGUUUGACUUGGAAAGUAUGCUCAGCCACCCACCCAUCCCUGUGUCCGAGCUGGCUGAACACACAGAGCACCUCAAAGCCAAUGACAACCUGAAACUGUCCCAGGAGUAUGAGUCCAUUGACCCUGGCCAGCAGUUCACCUGGGAGCACUCCAACCUGGAAGUGAACAAGCCCAAGAACCGCUACGCCAACGUCAUCGCCUACGACCACUCCCGCGUCAUCCUGCUGCCCAUCGAAGGAAUUGUGGGCAGUGAUUACAUCAAUGCCAACUACAUCGAUGGCUACAGGAAGCAGAAUGCCUACAUUGCCACCCAGGGCCCUCUGCCCGAGACCUUUGGGGACUUCUGGAGGAUGGUGUGGGAGCAGCGCUCAGCUACCAUUGUUAUGAUGACUAAGCUGGAGGAGAAGUCACGGAUAAAGUGUGACCAGUACUGGCCAGGCCGAGGCACAGACACCUAUGGGAUGAUCCAGGUGACGCUGCUGGACACCAUCGAGCUGGCCACCUUCUGCGUCCGCACCUUCUCCCUUCACAAGAAUGGCUCCAGUGAGAAGCGAGAGGUUCGCCAGUUCCAGUUCACAGCCUGGCCUGACCACGGCGUCCCCGAGUACCCCACCCCCUUCCUGGCCUUCCUGAGGAGGGUGAAGACCUGCAACCCUCCUGAUGCUGGUCCCAUCGUGGUGCACUGCAGCGCGGGCGUGGGCCGCACCGGCUGCUUCAUCGUCAUCGACGCCAUGCUGGAGCGCAUCAAGCACGAGAAGACUGUGGACAUCUACGGCCACGUCACCCUCAUGAGGUCCCAGCGCAACUACAUGGUGCAGACAGAGGAUCAGUACAGCUUCAUCCACGAUGCCUUGCUGGAGGCUGUUGCCUGUGGCAACACCGAGGUCCCAGCCAGGAACCUCUACACCUACAUCCAGAAGCUGGCGCAGAUCGAAGUGGGGGAGCACGUGACGGGCAUGGAGCUGGAGUUCAAGCGCCUGGCCAACUCCAAGGCCCACACCUCCAGGUUCAUCAGCGCCAACCUGCCCUGCAACAAGUUCAAGAACCGCCUGGUCAACAUCAUGCCCUACGAGACCACCAGGGUCUGCCUGCAGCCCAUCCGCGGCGUGGAGGGCUCCGACUACAUCAACGCCAGCUUCAUCGACGGCUACAGGCAGCAGAAGGCUUACAUCGCCACGCAGGGGCCCCUGGCAGAGACCACGGAGGACUUCUGGAGGAUGCUGUGGGAGAACAACUCAACCAUCGUGGUGAUGCUGACCAAGCUGCGCGAGAUGGGGAGGGAGAAGUGCCACCAGUACUGGCCAGCAGAGCGCUCUGCACGCUACCAGUACUUCGUGGUGGACCCCAUGGCAGAGUACAACAUGCCCCAGUACAUCCUGCGCGAGUUCAAGGUCACCGACGCCAGGGAUGGGCAGUCACGAACUGUUCGGCAGUUCCAGUUCACUGACUGGCCAGAACAAGGAGUGCCAAAAUCAGGAGAAGGUUUUAUUGACUUCAUUGGACAAGUGCAUAAGACCAAGGAGCAGUUUGGCCAGGAUGGACCCAUCUCUGUCCACUGCAGUGCUGGCGUGGGCAGGACCGGAGUGUUCAUCACGCUCAGCAUCGUCCUGGAGCGGAUGCGCUACGAGGGGGUGGUGGACAUCUUCCAGACAGUAAAGAUGCUGCGAACACAACGACCUGCAAUGGUGCAAACAGAGGAUGAAUACCAAUUCUGUUACCAGGCAGCUCUGGAGUAUCUGGGAAGUUUUGAUCACUAUGCAACAUAAAAAGCCAUCCCUUGUGCAGACUCUACCAACCACUUCAGUCCUGGAAGGCCUCUUCUGACCCAGGAGGAGAGCUUGAACUUAACAAAACUGAAUCAGAAGAAGAACCUUUUCAUCUGGACAAUGCUUUGGGGAGCAGGGGGGGGAAGGAUUGAGAGGAACACCCCUUCAGGAACUCCAUCUUGUAACCUGGACAGUGAAGAGGCAGCUCAGGAGAUUGCUGAGGGACUGCUUUAAGUGGUGAACUGCUCUUGUUACCUCAAGUGGUGUUCGCUGUGGAGGACAUAAGGACAUCAUGAACCAGAUCCAAAAGCUAAAUCCCACCUUGUGAGAAGCUGGAGAAGGGAAGGAAACCAACUUUGGUUACAUCAUUAGAGUUCAAGUUUAUUUACUAAUCUAGUUGGCAGUCUUUAAAGGAAGUCACUUGCAGAACUGGAGCUGUUCUGGACAAGAGGAGGAAAGGAACUAAAUCAAUCUCAACACUUAGGCAAACCUGAGGGGGUCAGGAGAGCUUCUGGCUGGAGUCUUAAGAACCUCAGUAGCACCAGUGGGGAUGAGUCUGGGCUCACAGGCACCUUGCAAACAGCAGUCACAGAAGGCCCCUGGCCACACCAGAGGUUUUCUAGCUCACCUUUUGAAUACUUGGAACAUUCCUCAUUUCUUCUAA